AUGUUUUCAUACGAGCAAAGACUCAAAACCUUUAUUAAUAAAAAAUGGCCUACCAAAGAUUAUAAAAGUAAUCCACAAUUAAUGGCCAUAUGUGGUUACAUUUGUAAGUCUACAUCUUCAAAUUUAGCAGCAAUGUGUGUUUAUUGUAAAAAACAUUUAGAAGGAUGGGAGAAAUCGGACGUGCCUAUUUUAGAACACUAUUCGCAUAAAAAAGAUUGCAUUUUAUUUUCUCCUCAUAAACUUGCACUAAACAAUAAACCUUCAUUUAUAAGAUACGAUUUAAAAGAUGGCAUGCCUUUUGAAUUUUGUUACAAAUGUGGAUCAAUUGAUACAUUACAUAACUGUACAGUGACAAAGAAAUACAAACUUAGCCUAAAAAAAUCUUCAGAAUUCUUUUUUAUUAGACUUAUUAGUGGCGAAUAUAACGAUAUUAUAGAUCUAUAUUUGUCUAAAACACUCUAUCUAUCUUUGGACAUAAAAGAUAUUUUUAGGACGAUUUUAGAAAAUCAUUAUGUGUCUUAUUUUCCUUUUAAAACAGUAAAAGAGCUAAUAAGUGAAUUUAUAAACAAUGAGAUACAAGCCAUGAAUGAUAAAAUAACUAAUGAAAUAGAAGAAUAUAAAAAUAAAUAUCUUUAA